AUGUGAGAUGACAAUUUGUGGUGUGAAGGGAUAUCUUUCCUGAGGAGGCCUUACAGUUUUGAGAUCCUUAGAAAAGCACAUGAAGAGUUCGUGAUAACAGAUGAGGAUAUAGUAACAGUGACUUACCCUAAAUCAGGAACAAAUGAGUUGAUUGAGAUUCUCUGUCUGAUUCACUCCAAGGGGGAUACCAAGUGGAUCCAGUCUGUGCCCAUCUGGGAAUGCUCACCCUGGCUAGAGACUGAGACUGGGUUUGCAUUAGCAAGUGAAAAGGAGGGCCCACACUUGUUCAGCUCCCACUUCCCCACCCAUCUCUUCCCCAAGUCUUUCUUCAGUUCCAAGCCCAAGUUGAUUUAUCUCAUGAGAAAUCCUAAGGAUGUUAUUGUAUCUGGCUAUUUCUUCUGGAAUUCAGUGAAUUUGGCUAAGAAACCAAAGUCAGUGGAACAAUAUCUUGAAUGGUUCAUGGGAGACGGAAAUGUAGUCUUUGGAUCCUGGUAACGUUAGUUCCUGCACUCUACCCUGGGCCUUAGAGCAGAGCUUUAGGUCACACAUGAAAAGGCCUCAGGGAUGCACUGCUUUGAAUGCAUUUUCUUUUCCA